AUGUACAAAAACAAAUGGCCGCAUCUGGAUGGAGGCCACGACGACAGAGUACGACGAUGCUUCACCUCAACACACAUGUAUGGUUCGCCGAAAAUCGACGCUCUUUCACACAAUCCGUUAGCAUUUCAUGGUCCGAUUCCACCAACACUUUCGCCUUUCUUUCGUUAGUCCGGCUUUCAGUGGCUUUCAACUGCUCGCAAAACCCUUGCAAACCGCAAAUCUCUUCUGCUCAACAAAACCUCAGAAUGUUCAAGUGAGGAGAACGUGUCCUGUAAAUACUGCCCAUAGUUCUUUGUUGUUGAUCUUUGUACGUAGUGUCAAUUAGCGCCCCAUACCCGUCCCCACCCAUCCGCUAGUACAAUUUUAGCGUCUGUACUGGGCGGUGCGAACGCCGCCUGUCGUCCCAUCCCAAUUGCAUGGGGCGACAACUCGUCGAGAUUCGUGCCGGACAGUACGCAUUGUUAUGUAAAGUAUCGCAAGUUCACUCCGCUCUAUCCGAUCUCUUGUGCCUUACCCCGUGA